AUGUCAUCGAGCUUUUUACCCGGGAAUGAGGACCCGGAAGUAGAGGUUCCUAUCUUUGACGACAAUGAGUCGCUGGCGGGCUUGGUUCAAAAAAUCUCAAACUAUCUCAUCCAGGUCAUUCCACUCGUGCCACAUACAUUCGACCAAAUGAGAACGUCAUUAGCUGGAUAUCCGCUGCGGCCACUGAUAACGUCCUUGUCCGAAAAUGCCCACAAUCAGAAAAUCAUUUGCGCUUUAAUGAUCGCAAAGUACCAAUUUUCCAACGUUUCUGAAGACGACUGGGGUCUCAAUGAGAGCCGUGGAUACGCAUGCGAGUAUGUCGCAUGGCAAUUCUUGACCUAUCUCUCUCAUCGCGAAAUAAUAGACUUCUUGCUACGCGAGCUUCCCUCGCCAAGAAAGAAUUCAUCAGCCUUGGCUGCAGCAGAGAGCGGCUCUGCUGGGUUUGCACGGUCAACGGGAUACUGCAGUCCUAUGAUCGAUGAGCGAACACCAUUACUUGCAGGAUCUUCUCUCAACAGUCGCUUCGUGGGCCGUUCUGGAAAAGAGACGCAAGCUAGCACAAACACGCCUGAGGAUGUGUGCAUUUUCGAGCAGUUUUCCCUGUUUGCUGGGCUGAAUGCGCUCGAGAUCGCAACCAUAGCACAUGCAAAGAAGUUUCUCAGCCAAAAUGUCGUACAAAGAAUCAUCGAUGACAUAUGGAACGGAGAGGUUAUUUUCUGGGAUACUCUCAGCCUUCAUUCUACGAAAGAGCCGAAAAUUUUCAACAGAAGGAAUACGGACCCUUACUCUCGAUUAAGAGUUCCAGCAUAUCGAAAAGCUUUCGAGGCAAUCUUCUUUGUCUCCUUUCUAGCAUUAUAUUACGCGGUAAUGGUCGAAAGGGAUCCUAACGAAAUUAGUUUGCUCGAAGCUUUGAUGUAUAUCUGGAUUGCAGCCUUUUCUUAUGACGAGCUGAGCGGCAUCACCGAUGCAGGGAUGGCAUUUUAUCAAAUGGAUUCUUGGAGAAUUUGGAACAUGGGGAUUAUCGGAACCGGUCUUGCAUUUGUCAUUACGCGUGAGAUUUGUUCCCUCGUGAGCUUGCAUGGUUACUUUGGCACCCUUACAAAAUCUUUUCUCAAAUUCAUGCCGGUGGUGAUUGUCUUGUACCUGGGCUUUUUGACGACCUUCACGAUGCUGGCCCGUGACCGACUGUCAUUGAGGCAAACGUCCUGGAUCUUGGUGAAGGUGUUCUUUGGGCUCGUUUUUAUCUGCAUGACGAACAUGCUCCUGAUCUCGUCGCUGGUCAGUCUGAUGACCAUGAGCAUGGAGGGAGUCAUGUCACAUGCUCGUGAGGAAUAUCUGUUCCAAUUAUCGAUCUACGUGUUGGAGAGCAGCAACUCCCGCCGCCUAACAUACUUCCUGCCGCCCUUGAACCUCAUCCCACUAUUUUUCCUACGCCCCUUACGCCUGUUCCUGUCCGCAGGCACCUCGCGCCGGGUGCGCAUUGUGCUGCUCAAAAUUACGCACUUCCCGUUUGUGGUUAUUAUCCUGGCGUACGAGGCUAGUCGACGAUACGCCUCUGGGAGUUUGCAGACAAACCAUUAUUCGGCCAUCCCCACGCUCCGAGGCCACCCCGCCGCGGCCCAAGCGCCGUCAUUGGCCUCUGGCAAGGAACGGAUCAGUGCGGGCUACGGCCCCGAAGCGCGCGGGUCCGAAUCCGUUCCCGCCGGACGUCCUGCUCGUCUGGCCGAGGCGAUCAACGAGGUGGAGAGACUGCGUAGCCAGGUCGAGCGAGUCGCUGCCACUCUGGCCCUCCAGCAACGGUCGCAGUGA